GAAUAUGCAGCGAAAGUAGGCAAGAAACGCGGAUUAUUGGUUGGGGCAUAUCGAGCCACCAUGGAAUCGUUGUUCCCAAUCUGCACGCGAAAGAAACAGGCACCGUUCCCAGCUAAGCUGCUCUUCCCCAGUAAGGAUCUCAUGAUAGAUGCCGUUAAUCCGCUUACACUGAAAAGGAGGAAUCUCUUGGUGAAUGAUGAAUCGGGUGACAGUCAAAAGUGUGCUCCUGUAAUAAUUGGCAUCUUGCCGACAGCGAAUCAACAAACCAAUAUGCUUACCUCACUGGUUGGUAAUCUAAUCAUGCAUCUGUGUGCCACACGGCAAGACACAAUGUUCCAGUAUGGUGCCGUGCAACUGAUCACACUCCUUUCUGCAAGAUGA